CCCAAAACCCUAACUAUAUAAUGUUAUCAUUCCCUAUUACUUCAUAAACCCUAGUAGCAGCACUGAAGUUCCGUCAUUUGAAGGCUCUCUUUGCUCAAAAUCUUCAAAAGAAGAGAAAAUGAAGGUAAUCGCCGCUUACUUGUUGGCCGUGUUGGGUGGCAACACCAGCCCUACAGAGAAGGAUUUGAAGAAAAUCCUUGGAUCUGUUGGAGCUGAGGCUGAUGAUGAUAGGAUUCAACUGCUACUCUCUCAAGUUGAGGGCAAAGAUAUCACUGAGCUGAUUGCUGCUGGCAGAGAAAAGUUGGCUUCAGUACCUUCUGGUGGUGGUGCUGUUGCAGUUGCUGCCCCUUCUGGUGGUGGUGGUGCUGCACCUGCUGCUGAGGAGAAGAAGGAAGAGAAAAAAGUGGAAGAAAAAGAGGAGUCAGAUGAUGACAUGGGCUUCAGUCUUUUCGAUUAGGAGAACUCGAAGAAUUCAGUUUAUGAAGUAUCCCCUUUUCCUGUUGUUCUUCCCCUUUGGGUGUAUUUUAGGAGGUUUAUUGUCACAGAUUUUGUUUGAACUUAGAAUUUUCAUGGAAAACAUGUUGAGGCAAACAGUUGAAAUUAGAGUAUGUAUUUCCAAUGUUCAGGUUGGUUU